UAAAGUGGAGCUGCAGUUCCUGUAGUCAAAAAAGCACAUUGCUUUGACAGAGAAGAGAAAGCUGUUAAUCUUUUAGCAAUCUGAUUGAGCUCCUGAGUUUUAUGUUCCUCGACAUAAUGCCAACCGCAAGUGAAAACACACUCUUCGGGAUGGGAAAUCCCUUGCUUGACAUUUCAGCUGUCGUGGACAAAGAUUUCCUCGAUAAGUUUGGACUGAAGCCUAAUGACCAGAUCCUCGCUGAAGACAAACACAAAGCCUUGUUCGCAGAAAUUGUGAAGAGGAACAAAGUUGAGUACCAUGCCGGUGGCUCGACCCAGAACUCCGUGAAAAUCGCUCAGGUUAGUCUUCUCUGUCCCUCCGCA